AUUUAUUUAUUUAUAGCUUAAUGGUAUAUUCCCUGAAAUUGCCGUAUUAGUAUUUUUUUUUUUCCUUUAUUUGAUUCAUAUAUUUUAACAGAACUGUGAUCUUUGAUUAUUCAGAUUUUUUUUCUUCAUUCAGAUUAUUCUUGAAAUUCACUGUGGUAUGUUUCCAUUUCUCUUAAUCGGCAUUUACUUUUUUUUUUUUUGCUUGCUGAUUUUGAUGUUGUUUGGGAUUUUGGGUCUUGGGUUUCUUGCUUUUUUGGGUUUGGUAGUUGCUUCAAAAUCUACGAGCUAAUGGUUCUCUCUUCAGCGAGUUUAAUUAAACCGAGUAUUGUUUAUAAUGCGUACACGAUCACUUCUUGCUCAAUGCUUGCCUGGUUUCAUAGCUCAAGACCGAGGGUGUCACAUGUCAGUCAUAUCCGACAAAGAUGUCCAUCUUCCCUCACCGGCUGUAGAGAUAGUUCCAUCAAAGGCCACUCAUCCCUACAAAUAUGUUAGCGAGACUGCAGAUUUGCAAGGAAUCGAUGUCUUCAAGGGUAGAGUCAGUGUCGCCGAUAUAAUUGGAUUCGCUGGUUCAGAAACAACAUCCUCAAAGUCAGAUGGACAUUUGAAAUCUUGGGACACCUCAAUUGAUCUUGUUAAUGUUCUCAAGCAUGAAAUUCGGGAUGGACAAUUAAGCUUAAGAGGCAAAAGGAUACUUGAGCUUGGUUGCAGUUAUGGGCUUCCUGGAAUUUUCGCUUGUUUGAAGGGAGCUUCAACGGUGCAUUUUCAAGACCUCAGUGCAGAAACUAUAAGAUGCACCACCAUUCCUAAUGUUUUAGCAAACCUUGAGCAAGCCCGUGAUAGGCAGAGCCGCCAACCUGAGAGCCCUUUGACUCCUUCAAGACAAAUUCUUGCUCCAGUGGUGCAAUUCUAUGCUGGGGAGUGGGAGGAACUCCCCACAGUCUUAUCUGUGGUGAGGAUUGAUAUAUCUGAGGUACCAACAGGAAAGAGCCUUAGCUUGUCAGAGGAGGAUUUCAUGGAUGGUUGUAGUAGCCAAGACGGGAGCAUACUGGGGCUGGAGUCUUCCUUAAGGAGAUCUAGGAAGCUCUCAGGAAGCAGAGCAUGGGAGAGGGCUAAUGAUGCAGACACUGGCGAAGGUGGGUAUGAUGUAAUUUUAAUAACUGAACUUCCCUACUCAGUGUCCUCCCUCAAGAAGCUAUAUGGGCUUAUAAAAAAGUGUCUGAGGCCUCCCUAUGGAGUAAUAUACCUUGCCGCGAAGAGGAAUUAUGUGAGCUUUAACAGUGCAGCACGGCAUUUGAGAAGUGUGGUCGACGAGGAAGGUGUUUUUGGUGCCCAUUUAGUGAAAGAGCUAACAGACAGAGAGAUUUGGAAAUUCUUUUUCAAAUAAAGGACCGUCAACUUCACUACCAGUGCAUUUCCUCAGCAGCCUAAAUUUUAUUUGUCUAAUGUUUAUUUUUACGCACUAUGUUACUUACGAUAGUCAAGUUAUCUGUGGAUUCGAGUCCUGCUGGUCUACCUAUGUGUAGUUAAUUUUGCUUGUGGACCUUCUUUUCUUCCUUAUUUUGAAGGUGUAAAUUAAAUGUACAUUAUAUCUUGGUUGUUUGUACAUGGGUGUAAUGAUCCUGCAUUUUGGUUUUA